AUGGAUGAUCUGAACCCCAUUGAGAGACUUCCAGAUGAGAUUCUUUACCGAAUCCUUUUGCAAUUACUGUACGAAGAUUAUUCUGAAAGACCACCUUCUUGGAAUCCAUGGACUCAAUCACCACACGUACUCAACUUUUGCUUGGCCCAGAAGAGAUUCUGCAGAGCAUAUUCCUUAUGUAAAUCGCGAACACCUGAGUCUAAGCUUACACCUAUAUUCAAACUUUCAAAUGAGAUUCUAGAGAAUAUACUUGAAAACCUUGUUCAUAAUUCUGGGAAACUGAUUCCUAUUGAUCAUCGAGCCUCUUUAAGUGUAGAGAGUUUUCAGUCUAUGCCACCACAAUCCUGGGAGGAUACAAAUAUUACCACAACUCUUAGCCGUACUUGUAAGAAAUUCUACAGUCUAUUACUUGGUAGACAGUUCGCUCGUGUGUCUAUUCGAUGCUCUGAAGCUGGUUUCAACCGGUUACAGUUUUUGGUGAAAGAGCGACCUCGCUUGGCGGAACACGUCAAAAAGUUCUCGUAUAUGAUUCCAGUGUUUUAUCAUCGAGGUCUAAGUCAACUUCAAGUUUUAUUUGACGAGACUCAUGCGGCGACAGUGGAUCUUGAGAGACAAGUGAACCAAAGAGGAACCAGUGGCAAUGCUCGUCGAGUCGAUAGAUCCCGACCAUCGCUCAAACAGCUUCGAGUCAAGCUUGAUCGUAAUCGCAAGGAUAAGAUUACUAUAUUUAGAGUAUUAUCACGAGCCCGUGAACAGGCAGUCAUCAUCAAUAAUAGAAUCGAUAUACAGAGUUUACUUCGCGCCUUUCGGUUAUUCGACCAUCUCCAACAAGUCCGUCUCAUGAGGGUUCAAGAUAAAGUGGAUACAGAUUGGGCUUCAUUCCUGAGAGAAAGACGCUGGAUCGCCAUUUCUCGAAACAAUAACAACAAUAACAAUGUAACCGACCCUAUUCUUUCCAUCGACCUUAAUCCUUUAGAAUGGACAGCCGCAUGCGAACAUUCUGCUCGAGCCCUCGGCUACGCAUUUCUCGAGUCUGAUUCUCCUGCAACCCGCUUUUCAAGUCGUUUCGUCAAUCCACGGAUUCCAUUACUGUUAAACUCACAUUCUCAUAACACGAUUUCAACAUUGGCAAAUCGACUCACGUGCCUAGAAAUUCAAAUCCAAGAACCAACAGAUGAUAAGAUGCACCAACUCUCCAGUCUCUUCAACACCUUCUUUACAUCCGCCCAUCAAAUUCAAGGACUCCAUAUAGGGUUCCCAUCCAAUAGACCUCUAACCCAUGUACCACUUGAAGCCGUUUUCCACAACGUCACUUGGGAAAAUCUAAGAUAUGUGGGCUUUGGAGCGUGGCAUUUGGACAGUGAGGAGAUUAUUGGGUUACUGAGACGCCAUAAACAUACGUUGAGGAGUGUGAGACUCAGGAGUGUGAAAUUGAAGGAGGGCAGUAAGUGGACGGAUGUGGUGAGGAUGUUGAGGCGGGAGUUGAGGGAGUUGAAGUGGGUUAGUUUGAGGGGGAUUGGGUAUGUAGGGGGCAACGAAGGGGGGAAUGGGGUGAUAGUUGGGGUGGCGGGAAAUGGAAGCGGAAACGGAAAUGGAAAUGGGGUGGGUGGUUUUGUGCAACAUGUAAAUCAAAUAGGAAAUCCCAACGUCGGCAGCACCGUCGACGACGAUGACGACAGCGACGAAAGCGACCAAGAACUAGAUUUUGAAGAUACGACGAUAGGAGAUCGCGUUCUAAGUCAUCACAGUAGUUCAAUACACUUGGCGAAUUCGACGUCGACGCCCAACAAAAGUGGAAAUCUAGAAGGCGGACGCGAGGCGGAAAGUGGAAGAAGGGGUAUCGAAGGUGCAGGAGGAGCAGUCCCAAGCUGUGAGUGUGAAAAUGGGUUUGGCAUGGCGGAUUUGGGGGAUGAGGGGAGCGAGGGCUCGGUAUCGAAACACCAUUGGAAGUUUUGGGAAUUGUGGGCUGUGAAGAGAUGUGCUGUGCAUGAUGGUGAUGAUGGUGAUGGUGAUGGUUUGUUUACUGCUGUGUCAAGAUGA